CAACGAUCAGUAGUGCGUAGAAACUUGUGGAACUUGUCACGAUGAGCAGGAGAAUAGUACCCAGCAGCAGUGCCGCGUAAUGUAGUGUGCUCGGAAUCACGCCGAAUGCUGACUCUGUGUCCUCAUAAUGGGAGAACACCCAGUCCAGUCGGUACUGAGGAACGCAGCAUGACCACGUUCAUUCUCUUGAAUCAGUUGUGACCUUAUCAUUUUUGCAUUACCAUGGACAGCGAAGGCUCGCUUGGUUUUCUGCGAGGAGUAAAUGACCGACAUACGAAGGCAGCGUGUUCGUACGUGCAACUCCUCUUUCCUCUUCAGAAUCAUCCAGCCUAUACAGCUUCGAUCAGACGCACGAGCAGAUAUAACAGCAGACAUCGACAGCAGACUUCAACAGCUGGCCAGGGGCAACGCCAAGGUAGGAAAGCAAAGUCCCCAACAACAGACGAACGUCGCUUACGCCACUUGGCCGCUCUGCCCUACCUGGCGCCUUCGGAUUGCGCUUGCAGUUAUGGACGAGCAGGGCCGGAACAACCUCUGCUGCUUCCGGUUGGAGGCCAAGUUUUUCGAGCAGUUCGAGGAAGCCUUGAUAGCUUUCAUAAACCGGGACUUCGAGAGCAGUGAGACUAAUGGACCUUCGAAGCGCCAGCAAAGCGACUUUGCAGAUGGCUCGCAAUGCCAUCUGGCGCAUCCUUUGGCCUUGAUAGCGCUGAAUCAGAUCUGCGACAGCGCACAGUGCACUAGGCGCGAACGGCAGCUGUUGAGCGAAACAUAUACUAAUGGCGAGCAUUUGCUCGGCUUGGUCCCUGGACGAGGCCAGAAGAUGGUAUCAAGAGGGACUUCAAGUACUGAGGCACCACUCAUAUCACGUGACCGUAUUUCGUCUUUCCAUUUCGCCGAAGAAGACUCUCCAUCUCUGGGCGUUUCCUCGGGUUCCUGAGAUUCGGCUCGUCUGACGUUCGGGCCCACCGUCCAUCCUUUGCGCUAUGGGCGGGCGCGUCCGUUGGAGAGAGCGGAUAUCGUUGGGGGAGAAGCGACCAAUAUGGUACUCUUUGUGCGAACUUGCGGCUUCUCUUCCGCAAUACUUCCUGAAUACAUGCCGUUGACCAAGCGCAAGGCGUUCCAGAUCUUGUUCUCGCACCGGCUGGAACGGAUCAAAUGGUUUGAUUUACGUACAUUGCUGAUAUAUUACUUCAAGUCGUGUUAAGCGAUGGCAAACAAUCGCAAGAACAUCUCCACAUGUGAUGUGCGGGGAGUGUGACUUGUACAGUGCUGCUAAGAGGGAG